AUGGCUGCGGUUCAGCCUCCUCGUACACGAUCCGCCCGUUUAGUGGCUGGCUUUACAAACAAAUCUGCUCAACAGGCACCUUCGCCAGCUCCCCAGGUCCACCAUGGACCUCCUGCUUUAUCGAUUUUUUUGACCAAUUUGAACCUUCUUGACCUCGACCAACAUGAGGACUGGCCCGACAUCCGUGCCGAAACAUUUGCGACUGGCGGUUCAAGUGCGCAGGGCCUGAAGAAGAGGGUACAAUGCGUGGAAUGGGCUCUCUUCCACCUCUUUGCGCUAUGGGACCCCGAGGAAACAAAAAAGAAACUGAAACCCUUCUUUCCUCCUAUCGAUCAGAGUCAAUCGGUCAAUCUGCGAGCCGCCCUUCUACGAGCUCUCGACCAGGCCAAGAAAAAUGGAGUGCUUGGGAGAGAUGCCGUUAUACGAAAGACCAUGCUUGACGAAUGCAGGGGCGAAAGACUCGAAGAGGUUCUUGCAGCAUUUUCUUCUGCUGUACUCAAACACAUUAUUGCUCAGGAGGUAUCGACCAGUGAGCCUAAAGCUCUCGCGCUUGGGCUUGCACUAGAGGAUCGAGGAUAUAAGAGCGACAACACAGAUCUCAACACCAUGGUUUUAGCGCACAAGGUGGCCAUUAGUCGGAUACUCAACAGUAAGGUGGCUGCUAGCUCGCGGUUUCACGACUUCUCCGACCUGUUGACAGUCAAGGAGAAGGGCAUUGCGAGGAGAAAGGAAGCACUCCAGGCUUUAGAGGGCGGCAAGACAAUCUCCGAAGAUGCCAGGCGGGAGAUGUGGCGAACACUUCGAAACAACUGGUCUGGAAACGAGCGCUGGAUGGAAACGCUGCUCUACGGCGAUGCCAGUGUGAAGAAAGACGGACUUCUAGGGAUGCCCUUCGAUCGCGUUUGGCGAAGAGUCCAGCAAGGCCGACUUGACGAGUUCGAAGAACACGGCAGUGGUUUGCUAGAGCAAUUGAACACACGAGUUCGCGUACAGAAGGAACGACUUCAAAAGUGGCAGAGCUUCCGCAACGAGCUAUCCGUCGACCAGCCGAAGCCAUCGCCAUCAAAGGUCAAGCAGAGACAGAAGGAAAACGGCAUUGAUUUUGGGUUCGGCGCGCACGAAGCAUUGCAACUCGGAAGAGUCAGCCCUAGGAAGGCGACAUUCGGGAAACCAAAGCUCAUUGAGGAGUACGAUGACCUCGUUAGUACUUUGGAACAGGAGUUGCAGAGCACAAAGCCACAAAAGUCUUCGGCUCUGGACUUUUUGCAGCGUCCUUUCUCUCAUAAUCCUCCGGCAAUCAACGUACCUGCUCCUGAACCAGAACAGGAGGAAGAAGUCAUCAGUGAAUUGGAGGACGAGGAUGGGCUUCCUGAAUCUCCGAUCAAGUCUUUCAAGUCAAAGCUCGACUUGUCGAAAAGAUUCCCCGUCCGACCUAAGCUCGCUCAUACUAGCGACUCUUUCGCCUCUAUUUCCUCGAGCACCAGAAGUCUGCGCAAGCCGUCUGAGGAUGAAGCUCGUAUCCUUCGCGCCUCAUCAGUUGAAAGGACGAGCUCUCCUGAGCCUGAAGAUGAACCCGCCGCGGCACCUCCACGACCUGAAUAUGACGUCUCGCCUCAGCUCACACCCCAGCUAUCACCUCAGCCGUCUCCCCCGCCAUCUCCUCUGCCUCUACAAGAAUCCCCGGAGUUGAUGCCUGCAGAGCCCCCUGGUACUCAAGAAAUGGCAGAUCAAAUUCUUGAGUCUAUGAAUAUGGCCUCGCCAUCUCCUGUCAAGCGAUCACGACCUAGACCUCGACAUACACUCUCACUCGCCGAACGAACUCGUUUGACCAUGGCCCGUGAAUCAUUCGACUUUCCUGAUAACGAAGUCCUUGACUUGUCACCACCAACAUCCGCAGAACCUGUUUCCGCAGAGGAUCCUACUCAAUCGGUUGACGAAGAAUUCGAUCUCAUUGCCAGGACAAAGAAGAGCAUGGCUGGUUUCGACAAGGCGAGAAAGAAGGCUCAGAUGGAAAGGCGGCGCUCAUUGCGAAAGCCAAAGGCACCAACCAAGAAGGAGGAUGACUACUUUCCCAAGGUUGACGAAGAGACGACAAUCUGCACAGAUGACCUCAUGGCGCAGGAGGAUAUGGAGGCUGUGUUUAGAUCACGACCAAAGAUCAAGGCCAGUCCACUACCAAGUCCAACUCGAGAUUGGUCAGACGACGAGUAUAUGUAG